UCACGGGCGGAGCCCGACAGGAGGAGGAGGAGCCGGGCGCGCACGGACCGGGCGCAGGGCAGGAGGAGGAGCCGGGCGGCGCGGGGCGGGGCGGCGUCCGGCCCAGCCAUGGCGGACGAGGGCCCGCGGAAGGGCAGCGUCUCGGCUCUCAUGGGCCGCACCAACGGCCUCACCAAGCCCGCGGCGUUGGCCAGUGGCCCUGCCAAGCCGGGGGGCGCGGGCGGCUCCAGGAAGCUGGUCAUCAAGAACUUCCGAGACAGGCCGCGGCUGCCUGACAACUACACUCAGGACACGUGGCGGAAGCUUCACGAAGCGGUCAAGGCCAUCCAGAGCAGCACAUCCAUCAGGUACAACCUGGAGGAGCUGUACCAGGCUGUUGAAAAUCUUUGUUCUCACAAAGUCUCCCCGACGCUCUACAAGCAGCUGCGCCAGGUCUGUGAAGACCAUGUCCAAGCCCAGAUCCUUCCAUUCAGAGAAGACUCACUAGACAGUGUUUUAUUUCUAAAGAAGAUUAACACGUGCUGGCAAGAUCACUGCAGACAGAUGAUCAUGAUAAGAAGCAUCUUCCUGUUUCUGGAUCGCACCUAUGUCCUCCAGAACUCUAUGCUGCCUUCUAUCUGGGACAUGGGCCUAGAGCUGUUCAGGAACCAUAUCAUCAGCGACAGGAUGGUGCAGAGUAAGACCAUUGAUGGGAUCCUGCUGCUCAUCGGGUGUGAGAGGAGUGGGGAGGCUGUGGACCGCAGCCUGCUGCGCAGUCUGCUAAGCAUGCUCUCGGAUCUCCAGGUGUAUAAAGACUCGUUUGAACUGAAGUUCUUGGAAGAGACUAAUUGUCUAUACGCUGCAGAAGGCCAGAGGCUGAUGCAAGACAGGGAGGUUCCAGAAUACCUUAACCAUGUGAGUAAGCGUUUAGAAGAGGAAGCAGACCGAGUGAUCACUUACUUAGACCACAGCACACAGAAACCCUUGAUUGCCUGUGUGGAGAAACAGCUUUUAGGAGAACAUUUAACAGCAAUUCUGCAGAAAGGGCUGGAGCACCUGCUGGAUGAGAACAGGGUGCCUGACCUCACGCAGAUGUACCAGCUAUUCAGCCGGGUGAAAGGGGGACAGCAUGCUCUGCUGCAGCACUGGAGUGAAUACAUCAAGACCUUCGGGACAACUAUUGUCAUCAAUCCUGAGAAAGAUAAAGACAUGGUCCAAGACCUGCUGGACUUUAAGGACAAAGUAGACCAUGUGGUGGAGGUGUGCUUCCAGAGGAAUGAGCGCUUUAUCAACCUGAUGAAAGAAUCCUUUGAGACGUUCAUCAACAAGAGACCAAACAAGCCAGCAGAGCUCAUCGCUAAACAUGUGGAUUCAAAGUUAAGAGCAGGCAACAAAGAAGCUACCGAUGAAGAGCUGGAGAGGAUCCUGGACAAGAUCAUGAUACUGUUUCGUUUCAUCCAUGGCAAGGAUGUCUUUGAAGCAUUUUAUAAGAAAGAUUUAGCAAAAAGGCUGCUUGUGGGGAAGAGCGCAUCAGUGGAUGCAGAGAAGUCCAUGCUUUCGAAGCUCAAACACGAAUGUGGAGCUGCCUUCACCAGCAAGUUGGAGGGCAUGUUCAAGGACAUGGAGCUUUCCAAAGACAUCAUGGUUCACUUCAAGCAACAUAUGCAGAACCAAAGUGCACCAGGCCCCAUUGACCUCACAGUGAACAUACUAACCAUGGGCUACUGGCCCACAUACACACCCAUGGAAGUGCACCUCCCUCCAGAGAUGGUCAGACUACAGGAAGUGUUCAAGACUUUCUAUCUGGGCAAGCACAGUGGCCGGAAGCUGCAGUGGCAGACAACACUGGGACAUGCUGUGUUGAAGGCGGAGUUUAAGGAGGGGAAAAAGGAGUUCCAAGUGUCCCUCUUCCAGACAUUGGUGCUGCUCAUGUUCAACGAGGGGGACGGAUUCAGCUUUGAAGAAAUAAAAAUGGCCACUGGCAUAGAGGACAGCGAGUUGAGAAGAACACUACAGUCUCUUGCCUGUGGUAAAGCACGGGUUCUGAUUAAAAGUCCCAAAGGCAAGGAGGUAGAAGAUGGAGAUAAGUUCAUUUUCAAUGGGGACUUCAAGCACAAGUUGUUCAGAAUAAAGAUCAAUCAGAUCCAGAUGAAGGAAACUGUUGAAGAACAAGUUAGCACCACAGAGAGAGUAUUCCAGGAUAGACAGUACCAGAUCGAUGCUGCCAUAGUCCGAAUAAUGAAAAUGAGGAAGACUCUUGGUCACAACCUUCUAGUUUCUGAAUUGUACAAUCAGUUGAAAUUUCCAGUAAAGCCUGGAGAUUUGAAAAAGAGGAUUGAAUCACUUAUAGACAGAGACUAUAUGGAGCGAGACAAAGACAGUCCAAAUCAGUACCACUAUGUGGCGUGAUGCGUCAGCAGACUGCCGUCUCCCAAUGAGACAAACACUAGAAUGCACCUGCAGAGUGUGAACAUGGCUGCUGUGCUGUUUCCAGGUCCCUGCAGCUGCAACUGUGGGCGCCUGGACUCAAAGCAGAGAACAUGGUUCUCGGGUCAUCCUUCCCAGGGCGCAAGGACUUGAGAUGUCACACUUCUUCCUCUCCAUUCUUCCUCUCCUCCUUUGUUUCUGUACUCUGACUUUAGAUUGAACAUGCUCAUUUUAGUUCCUUCACAAGCUCUUGUACCUCUGGCAGAAAGCCACGGGCUUGGUGUGUUGUGUGUGUGAUUGUGGGACACAGUGGAAAUACCCUAGAUGCUGCAUUCUUCCCCAGAUGAACACUCAGAGAGGGAGCCCUGGGCUGGGCAGUGGGAGAAGCCCAGUCCAGACCGCCACUCAGCUCUGCACCCUAAGCACUGGCCGCUGUUCUGUGCAUUUUCAAAAAGUUCCAAACUUUGGCUUCUGUAAAUCAGGUUUCUAAGUGAGGCCCUGAUGUACCAACAGGACAUCAUGUCUGUCACUGGAGAUACAGAGUCCGUCCAGAAGGCUACUUGUCAUUUGUGUUUAGGGGCUUGGGGGUUUCAUGUUUGUUUCCAUGCUGGCUGAGUGUGGAGGUCCUGGCUUUGGCUUGGGGUGACUGCUGUUUGACUGUUGAGGUUGCAGUUUGUGUGAUGACCAUAAUAAAAUUGGGCCUGGUUUCAUAAUCUUUCGUAGGGACCGUCUUGGGUCUCUGCCCUGGCACUCAAUGGAGCUUAGUUAGUUUUGUCAAAAAGCUAAGGAUUUGUUGGUGCCUGGUGACAUACUGUGUGUUCACACAUGAGGUUGAGCAGUAAGAACAAGGCUCCAUGGCGUUGGCAUGGUGAUGAUGACAGACACUUUUGCAACAUUUAAAAGUAUUUUAUAUUUCACAAAGUAGCAUGUUUCAUUUUGAUUAAAAGCUACCAAAGGAAUUUUGAUCAUGUAUAAGUGUUUAAAGCAAUAUUUUCUGGAAUAUACCAAGUUUAUAUAACUCGAUUUUAUGCUAAAUUAUUAAAGGAUUCUCCCUUUUUGAAACAUGCAUGUUUAAAAUUCUGACAUCUUUUGGGUUCCCAUAUUAAAAUCCUUACUCUUUAAGUAUCAUUUCUAUAUUUGUAAAUUUUCAUUUAUGAGUUCUAUGAUAUGUGGUCUCUGAAAGACCAAAUAGAUUUCUAUUUCUACUUCUUAUAUUUUAAGUUCAUUGUGUCUACAAAUUGUUAAUAUUGUAAUUUAAUGUAGACUUACUUUGAAUAAAACUAGUUUAAUUGGCCUUUAAAUUACUUUAAUAGAAUUUUUGGUAUGCAAACUACACAUUCCUCCUAACUGUUCAGCAGCCUUAACAACUGACAAAUUAAAGGAAAACACCUGUCACUGUCA